CCAGUACAGGGUGGGGAGAAUUCGGCAGUUCCCAGGGGGGCUGAAGGGCCCACUGGGGUCUGGAGGGCCUCCUCCCUCCUCCCACAUCCCUGAGGGUCUGGGACCCGGGACCUGGGCACCUGUCACCCAGGAACUGACUGUCCAGGCUUCCCCUCCUCCCUCUUUGGCCACUGUCACCUUCUGUCCCCACCCCGCCCUUCUUCCUUCUCCUGGUCCCACCUCCAGCAACCUCUCCACUUGCUCCUCCUCACCUCUGUCCUCCUGGACUGUCCCAGUUCCUACCUUUCCUACCCCUCACCUUUUUCCCCUUUAGGACUGAGUAAGGACAGGCGGGGGUGGGGACGGCUGGGGCUUCGGGCACUGCAGGCAGAGGCUCCGGGCCCUCUCCCACGCUGCCAGCCCUCCGGUAACCCCUCCCUCCAAGCUGGAAGGAGGGGGACAGCACCCAGAGGGUUAAGGCUGUAGGGGGAGGGGCUGGCCCAGGUCGUGGGCGGCCCCUUUGAAGGAGAGCUGGAGCGGGGAACAGCCACCCUACCUCCCCCCAGCCUAGCCCUCCCCAGCCCCUCCCAGCGUGCUGCCCCCAGGGGCCAGGAGGAGUUGCUGGCAAGGCCCCUCAGCGUCCAGAAGAUGGGGAGCCCCGAGGACGACUUGAUUGGAAUUCCAUUCCCGGACCACAGCAGUGAGCUCCUGAGCUGCCUCAAUGAACAGCGCCAGCUGGGCCACCUAUGCGACCUCACCAUCCGGACGCAAGGCCUUGAGUACCGCACACACAGGGCUGUGCUGGCCGCCUGCAGCCACUACUUCAAGAAGCUCUUCACUGAGGGUGGGGGGGCCGUCAUGGGAACAGGGGGUGGUGGGACAGCUGCUGGGGGAGCCGGGGCUGGCGUGUGUGAGCUGGACUUUGUAGGGCCAGAGGCGCUGGGUGCCCUGCUUGAAUUUGCCUACACGGCCACAUUGACCACCAGCAGCGCCAACAUGCCGGCUGUGCUCCAGGCUGCCCGGCUGCUGGAGAUCCCCUGUGUCAUCGCUGCCUGCAUGGAGAUUCUGCAAGGCAGUGGGCUGGAAGCUCCCAGCCCAGAUGAGGAUGACUGUGAGCGAGCCCGACAGUACCUGGAGGCCUUUGCCACUGCCACCGCCACGGCCUCGGGAGUUCCCAACGGUGAAGACAGCCCUCCGCAGGUGCCCCUCUUACCACCACCGCUGCCACCACCUCGGCCUGUUGCCCGCCGCAGCCGCAAGCCCCGAAAAGCUUUCCUACAAACCAAGGGGGCCCGGGCCAACCACCUAGUACCUGAGGUGCCUGCUGCAUUGCCCACCCAUCCCUUGACCUACGAGGAGGAGGAAGUCGGCAGAAUGGGCAGCACUGGGGGCAGUGGGCUGGGCGACAGCUACAGCCCCCCCACAGGGACUGCCUCGCCUCCUGAGGGGCCCCUGAGCUAUGAGGGCUAUGAGGGUGAAGAAGAGGAGGAGGAGCUGGUUUAUCCCCCAGCCUACGGGCUGGCACAGGGCAGUGGGCCCUCCCUGUCUCCAGAGGAGCUGGGCUCUGAUGAGGAUGCCAUUGAUCCUGACCUGAUGGCCUAUCUGAGUUCCCUGCACCAGGAUGCCCUGGCACCAGGCCUGGAUGGCCAGGACAAGCUGGUUCGUAAACGCCGCUCCCAGAUGCCCCAGGAGUGCCCAGUCUGCCACAAGAUAAUCCAUGGAGCAGGCAAACUGCCGCGCCACAUGAGGACCCAUACGGGUGAGAAGCCCUUUGUCUGUGAGGUCUGCGGCGUCCGCUUCACCAGGAAUGACAAGCUGAAGAUCCACAUGAGGAAGCACACAGGAGAGCGACCCUACUCGUGCCCGCAUUGCCCAGCCCGCUUCCUGCACAGCUACGACCUCAAGAACCACAUGCACCUGCAUACGGGGGACCGGCCCUAUGAGUGCCACCUGUGCCACAAGGCUUUCGCCAAGGAGGACCACCUGCAGCGCCACCUCAAAGGCCAGAACUGCCUGGAGGUGCGCACCCGGCGGCGCCGCAAGGACGAUGCGCCACCCCACUACCCACCGCCCUCCACCGCCACCUCAUCUCCUGCUGGCCUUGACCUCUCCAAUGGCCACCUGGACACCUUCCGCCUCUCUCUGGCUCGAUUCUGGGAGCAGUCAGCCCCCUCGGGGGCCCCGGUCUCUACCCCGGGGCCCCCUGAUGAGGAGGAGGAGGAGGGGGCACCCACUACACCCCAGGCUGAAGGUGCCGUGGAGUCCUCUUAAAGAGGCGUGAGUGGCCAGGCUGGAGUAGCAGAGGCUGGAGCAGCAAAGGCUGGGGACACCAUGCCAAGCAACGGGAGCACGAAGGGACACAGAGCAGAGAUCACAAGCACCGAGGCCGUCAGAGUCAAGUCAGCCCCUUUGCCCCAGAGCCCUCAUUCCAGUUUGGAGCUGAGGUGGUUUUGGGCCAGGGGCUUCCUGGAUUGUGGCGAUCCCCAUGAGUGAUACAUAUGAUGCUAUGUAUAUAUUUAUAGCUCUGUUGUAAAGGUGGGCUCCCUGUCCCCAGCUGCUCCUGGGGAGCAGAAGCAAUAAUGUAUUUCUUCUUUUUGGGGUCCCACUUCGGCUAUGCGGGUUUCUAGAAGGCAGGGGCUUGGGACCAAAGCCUUGCCCCUGCUCCCAUGCCUCUUGGGGGUUUUGGCUGUGUAAGGGGGUGAAGGACUGCCCCUCCUUCCUGGUUUCUGUUCCCUUUUCCCAGCGGCGAAUUAUGCAAAAGGGGUGGCAAAGGAAGGGUAGGUGGGGAAAGCAAGGUAGAGAGGCUUGAAGGCUGAGGGUGGGGGACGACUGGGCCUGUAAGGAAGGAGCCAUCCCAGUCCCCUCCGCCCUGCUCCAGCGCUGAGUCAUGGGGUCCUGGAGAAGAGGGGCGGGGUGGCCUGAUCUGCUCGCCCGCCCCUGGGGGCAGCGGGAGGGCCCCGCCCAGCCUAGGGAGCCGCUGCACAGCGCUCCCUCCCUCCUCCCUCUGCGUCCCCGGGCAGGGAAUGUCUUGUUCCCGCCGCUCCCUCCCCGGGGCCAGAGGGCAGGGCGGGCCGGGCGCGUCUCCCCUCUUCUGCCUACCUCCUCCCCGCCCAGGUGCGAGCCGGAGCCGCCACCGCGGCCGCCCCUGACUCACGCCGCCCCCGGGCUGGCGGGGCGCAGGGUGUGGGACCGGGUGAGGGGUUGGGGAGCCUGGCGGGCAGCAGGCAAGCCGGCGCCACCUGGCGGCCGAGCCCUGCGCAAAUGGGCGAGCGCCCCCCGCGGCCAUUGGGCGCCAGCUGUCUUCCUGCCCCCCAGGAGCCCCGGCCCGCAGACUGGCGCGUUCUCUCGGAGGUGGUGGGUUGCGUUGCGGUCCUGUGGAAGAGGGACCCCUUCUCAGAUCCUUGCCAGCCGGCCGCCUUGUGGGUCAGGGGAAAAGAAUCCUCUCACUUCCCCUAGGAUUGAAUCCACCCUCAUCUGUACAUAGCCUCUUCUGUUGGUUUUGUUGAAAUCUAGUUUCAGAUUUUUAACUCCCCCAUUCUGCUGGGGGCCGGGGAGUGUCCCCAACCCCUUCCUCGCUGGGUGCUGGACCCCCAUUGCGGCCUGGGCUCCGCCUUGCACUAUUUUCCCUCAUUGGCCUGGUGGCCCCCUUCCUUCUCCAAGGGGCAGGUUCAGGGGCCCGGUGCUCAACCCCCUUCCCAUGUACCCCUAUGCCCAUUUGCACAGCUGCCCAGGUACCCCCAACAGUGGGGAGGGGUCACAGGGAAGGGGUAGUGGAACCAGUCCCUGUAUCUAUUUAAAAAGUGAUGAUGUAAUAUAUUGGGGUGGGAGGGCAGGUCGGUGCCCUGGGCCUCACCUUAGCAUUUCAGGUGAUGAGGGGAGCCCAGGGCAGGGGAGACCUGGGGCCUGGCCCCAGAGAGUGGGUCAAUGUGGCCUCCCCUCUCCCUACUGUGGCUUUCCCAUUCAGUGCCUUAGGAGGGGAGGUGUUCCCCUCCUCUCCUGUUCCCUUCCCCUAGCCCUGCCCCCCCCCACCUUGGGUGUAAGCGACAGGAAGAAAUAAUAAUUUAAGAUUCA